ACUUACCACGCUUUGAUACAAUUGAAUUCAAUUUAGUCAAUCCUUAACAUAAUCAUGGCAUCCGCUACGGUAAGAAAUGUGCCACUUCUCGAUGAUGACACGAUACCCUUCGGCGAGGAGGAUGAAAUGCGCGAUCCCAGUCGUGCGGGGGAAAAAUACACGCACCCAUACGUCACCUUCUUUCACCUGUUCUUCCGGGGUGCAGCCAUCGUGAUCUACAUGUUCUGUGGAUGGUUCAGUGACUCUUUCAUUACUAGCUUCGUCUUUGUUGUGCUGUUUCUCUCCGCCGACUUCUGGACGGUGAAGAAUAUCUCCGGAAGACUUCUCGUUGGGCUGCGCUGGUGGAAUUACGUUGAUGACGAUGGAGUGUCCCACUGGGUGUUCGAGUCAAAAAAUUCUGAAUCUUACCAGAGCCGCAUCAACAAGCACGAGCAGCGCAUUUUCUGGCUAGGAUUGAUACUCUGCCCGGUUUUCUGGGGCCUGUUCUUUUUGAUGGCCCUGUUUGGACUGAAAUUCAAAUGGUUGUUACUGGUCAUGAUUGCCAUAGCCCUAAAUGCUGCAAACCUGUAUGGCUACAUCAAAUGCAACUACGGUGCUGGGAAGGAUCUGAACAGUGCCGCCACAGACUUUGUCAAGACGCAGCUCUUCAAGAAUGCCAUGGACAUAAUGACCAAGCCCAGUACCGCCCAGCCUCCCACAAAUGUGCGUCCAACGGGCAUAGUUUAAGCACAGAAUGCUACGUUGAAGUCAACUUGCCAACUUUUGCUGCAGCGCAUUCCAAAGAGUAAUUUGAUGCUAUCAUACUGCAAGACGAACUAUCCUGGCAUGGUAUCUCUGUGUGUGUACAUUUGUAUAACUUAAUUUAGCCAUACUGCAAUUUACUAUAACUUUUAUUACUUUUACUUUGAGUAAACUAAAUGCAUGUGUGUGAACUGGACGUUUGAUCGUAUUAAAUUCUACAAAUAAUCUUAGAAAAAUUA